ACACACACACUCGUGCGCGCGCGAGGAGAGCAAGCGUGUCCGUUGCUCGUCAUGAUUAACAUUAUCGGCGCCGUGUGAAGUCGUGUCUCAAGACGUGCGUGACGUAGACAGGAGACUAUAAAAGGACAAGCGCGGGGCUAGUGAUGAUACUGAGGUCGGAGAAAGCACAAGGAGACUGAUCCAUCUACUCUAGAAACACUCCUGCACCUGCUAAAAGGUUCACCUGGCGCUCGCCUGCUACAAACAACAUUGUCUUUCUGGUUGCCUCUGUAACCCCUCCACCUCACCAUGGCAGACGGGCGGGUGUGGAAAUGGCUACUCCCCAUAGCCUACUUCUGCCCCCUCGUUGCCUUGAUACCUCUUGAGCGGAGCUUGGAAAUAAAUCCAGAAGAAAACAUUGGUGUCGACGAAUAUCUGUCGGAAGGAGAUAUCAGGGUAUCUAGGAGGCGGGAUGCUGUUCGAGACUAUUACCAGACGUGGAUCAACCGUACUGUCCCCUUCACCAUGGAGGGCCUGAACGAGUCUGAGCAAGAAUAUGUGUACAGCGCCAUGGAUGAGAUCUCUGCUGCCUCCUGCGUCCGCUUCAUUCAGCGCACCACGCAGAUAGACUACAUCACCAUCACCAAGAAAGACAGCUGCAGCAGUUCCGUGGGUCGACGGGGUGGCCAGCAGCAGGUGACUCUGGGAGAGGGAUGCUACGCCAAGGGAAUCAUUUUGCACGAGCUGAUGCACGCGCUGGGGUUUUGGCACGAGCACAGUCGUCCAGACCGCGACAGCUUUAUCGUCAUCGUCUGGGACAACAUCGCAUCGGAGCACAGGUCCAACUUCGAGAAGUACGACAGCUUCACCAUCAACACACUGGAGACGACGUACGACUACGGAUCCAUCAUGCACUACAAGAACAACACGUUCGCCUUGGACAGGUCUACCAUCACCAUCAACGCCACUCACCCCUUGCCACUCGGGGUGCAGAUGGGUCAGCGGGUCGCGCUGUCGGACACAGACAAGGUCAAGAUCAACCGCCUGUACAGAUGUAACAUCACCCACUGCCCUGACCCGGGAGUGCCCAAGAAUGGCGUGCGAAAGGGAGAGAACUUCCAAGUAGGAUCAUCUGUGUACUACUCGUGCAACAAAGGUUAUCUUCUGUUCGGCAGUAGAGGGCGCAUUUGUCCCGACGUGGGCCAAUGGACGGGUGAUCUUCCGUCGUGCUUACCCAGCUACAGCCUCGACCCCGUUGAGUACUGCAACUACGACGACCAGACUGUGUGCGGGUGGAUGCAGGACCGCACGGCGCAGCGCAACUGGACCAUCAACAGCAGGUCUACUCCGUCCAACGGCACAGGACCUAUGGAGGAUCACACCAUGGGGUCGGCGGAGGGUUGGUACAUCUAUCUGGAAACGUCUGCCCCGACACGACAAGGAGACAUAGCCAGACUUAUAUCUCCGGAGUUCCGAGUGACGACUACAACCUGCAUGAUGUUCUUCUACUGCAUGCAUGGAGAAGAGAUGGGCACACUGAACAUCUACCAGCAGACGACAACUGGACAGCAGCUUGAGACCCUGCGAUCUCUGCUGUUCACCAUGACCGGAGACCAAGGCAGUGACUGGCGCCUCGCGGCCAUAACUCUUCCAGAUGCCCAGUCCUUCGUCAUCAUUAUUGAGGCGGUAGCUGGCAACAGUUACAUGAGUGACAUUGCAGUUGACGAUGUCGUCAUCGGCCCUUGCUCCAAUCUUGCUCAGCUGUCGUCAGACACUGUGGCGGACACGUUGCAGUGUAGUUUUGACAGCGGCACCUGCGACUGGACUCAGGACUACGUCACCGACGUCUUCGACUGGACCCUCCAUUCAGGCAGCACCGAUACCUUCUACACCGGUCCUACCUGUGAUCCAGUCAACUGUGCCACAGGACAGUAUCUCUAUAUCGAGGCUUCCCGCCCACGAUUGGAGGGCGACACGGCACGAAUCUUAACGCCGCUGCUACACGGUGACGGGUGGCGCUGCCUGCUCUUCUACUACAGUAUGUACGGCCAGGACAUGGGCAGUCCUCAGUAUCCGUGUUCGACAUCUCAACGGCACGGAACACCUUCUAUGGUCACGCUCUGGUAACCAGGGCGACAUGUGGUUUCUGGAGAAAGUCGACUUCAAGCACCAAAAUAUUACAAGCUGGUGUAUGAGGCCGUGUGGGUCAGUCCUAUAGGGGCGACCUGGCCAUCGACAGCGUGGAGGUCCUGGCAGGACGGUGCAGUGAGGUUGUGCGUCACGACUGCACCUUCAGCAGGACAUGUGCAGCUGGCGGAACGCUGUGGACGAUGAACUUGACUGGAGACGUUACCAGGGUCCCACUCCCACCCCCGACACAGGCCCCUCCUCGGACCACACUGGAAACAAUGGGUAUUACAUAUACGUGGAGUCUUCGCGGACCCGGCCGUUGUAUAGAGCGCGACUCAUAUCCAGCAUCAUGUCCGGUCAGUUCCUGGGUUACUGUCUUCAGAUGUGGUACAGCAUGUACGGGGCUGACAUAGGUACCCUCAAAGUCUUGACCAAAGACGUCGCUGCUGGGCAAGAGCAAGUAACCUGGCAGAUCAGCGGAAACCAAAUGAACCAAUGGCACCGGAAGUCGUUAUUCGUGAGCAGUCGCGGGCAGGACUUCCAGAUAAUCAUCGAAGCUGUGGUGACCGGAGCCUCAUCAGGGUUAGGGGACAUAGCUCUGGAUGACCUAUCGCUUCACGCUGGUCAGUGCGAAAGCUAGAGUUACGCACUUGCUAACCGCCCUUGAGCCGUCACCAGUUCGUGGCUACAAAUGGCGCUAGGCCUGUACUUUAACAGAACCUUCGUGAAUGCACGAUGGUUGAAAACACAAAAAAACACUGUAUGUUCCUUUCAAAACCAAAGACUAUAGCUGUGAAAACGAAGACAUUGCUGUCACUACUGGUGUUCCUGACCUAAAUGGUAUUACUUGGUAUUCAGCUGGAAAGCGACUCAUCGGAACUCGAGCUGCAAGGCAUAUGGACGAUUCUUGAAAACUGUGACAGACGCAGACGUGAUAUUUGUAUAGUCUGUUUGAAGGCCCGCAAGCUGGCAAAGAUAACACCCACCACCUUCACCAACCUCAGCCUUCUGUUUCCUCCCCGCCCACCCAGACUUCAUUUUUAUUUUCCGCGGAA